AUGGGAAACUUUUGCAAUUCUGCCGGCGGUGACAGAAAAAAAAUCCCAACGCAAAAAUUGGCCAUGUUUGCUGUACCAGGUUGGUCAUUAUCGACCGCCGAUCUGAAACCGCAAAAGGAAGUUUCGUCAAAGCAGCACGCAACUUCCACCCCUACAGCAUCUAAUGCAGCCACGACCGAAAGUAACGAAAAUGUUGGUCAAAGUGUGAAGAAGAGAAAGAGGGAGAAUGGGGUGACCAAGUCCAAUGUCGAUGAGAUGUUUAAACGGCAUAUUGAGGGCCAUACCGAUAAGAGCAGCAAGAAGACUAAGAAUAAGAAGGCCAAGGACAAGAAGAAGGAACAGAAGGAGAACAAGCAAUCUGAAAAUAAUGAAGUAGUUCAGCAGAAAUCGGCUGAAGCUGGGGAGGGUCGAGUGAACAAGAAACAGAAGAAAGCUCGCGGCGAGGAAAGAAAAACGCAUGCAAAGGACGAUACUUCAGCGACUACCCCAGUUGACAAUGCUACAAUCACUUCAGUAGUAUUACCUCCAGCAGCCCCCACCUCCACGGCAAAACUCACACCACUUCAGCAAAAGAUGCGUGAGAAGCUCAUGUCUGCUCGCUUCCGCCAUCUCAACGAGACUCUUUACACUACUCCAUCGAAGCAAGCACAGGCCAUGUUCGAAGCCAAUCCCGAAUUAUUCACAGAAUACCACAAUGGCUUCUCACGACAAGUCAAGGAAUCAUGGCCCUCGAACCCUGUGGAUGGCUACAUCGCCGCUGUCCGGAAACGCGGCGCCGUACCUGCGCAUCACAACGACACAAAGAAACAUAACAACAAUGCAGUGGCACCAUUACCACGCAGACCAAACGGUCUAUGCACCAUAGCCGACCUAGGCUGCGGCGACGCCCAAUUCGCACGUUCAUUAAUACCCUCAGCGAAAAAACUGCAACUCAAACUUCUCAACUUCGACCUCCAAUCCCCCGACGACUCGCUAGUCACAAAAGCGGAUAUCGCGAAUUUACCCGUGACAGAUGGCAGUGUCGAUGUGACGAUAUUCUGUCUCAGUCUGAUGGGCACGAAUUGGGUCUCGUUCGUUGAAGAAGCCUGGCGCGUACUCCGCGGCGAUGGGAAAGGUGAAUGUUGGGUUAGUGAAGUUAAAAGUCGCUUUGGGAAAGUGAAUCGCAAAAAGGCUCAGAUAGGGUUGAAGAGAGAUGAAGCUACGAUGUCGAAUACGCAAAAGAAGAAGUUGAAGAACAAGAAAAAGAAGAAGAAUGGAAAUAACGAGUCUGACGAGGAAGAUGCCGAUGAGGAUGAAGAAAUCUAUGCCGAAGAUGCCCAGCCUGGCAGCGGCAGUAACGACGAUACUGACAUCUCCGCGUUUGUCGAAGUGUUCAAAUCACGCGGCUUUGUGCUCAAACAGGAAUCGGUGGACAAGUCUAAUAAGAUGUUUGUCAAGAUGGAAUUCGUCAAGGCUGGUGGUGCGCCGACAAAGGGUAAAUAUACGGGUAUAAUUCCUGCUCCUGCUCGACGGAACAGUGAGAAGUCGACACAGACUAAGAAGAGGUUUAUUGAUCGUGGGGAUGAUGAGGCGAGCAAACAGUUGACCGCAGAGCAGGAGGCCAAGGUUUUGAAGCCGUGUGUAUAUAAAAUCCGAUGA